AUGGCCGACACGAUUGUGGCCCAGUUUGUAGAGAUUACGGGAGCAUCUCCAGAGAUCGCUGCCCAGUACCUACAGCUGACAGACAGUAAUAUUGAGAGCGCCAUGCAGCUUUAUUUUGAGAACGGAGGUAAUCCUAUUGAACCUGCUGCUGCCCCAUCCGUACCACAGCCAUCGACAAGGCCUCGACGAACAGCCGGCUACGAAGAUGAGGAUGGAGUGGUGCACCUGGACUCGGAUGAUGACGAUAAUGGAGGUGUUUCUGUGGGCCAAGAUGGAGCUUCCCGGCCAGCCGGUGACACUUUUGAUGCAGAUUUAGAGAUGGCGAGAAGGCUACAGCAAGAAUUUUAUACUGGUGGUGAUCCAACAGACAAUGUCCGGGCACCGAUGGAGAGAAGGACGGAAACGCUCGUGGGUCCGGAUCUAGAUGAUGGAUUCCAGCCAGAUAUAAUGGACCAUCUGCAGUCAAGAGCUGCUCGUAGAGCUCGACCUGGAAUCUUCAAUCAGCGAGAAGUCGACCGCUCUAUCUGGACCGAAGCUGCGGAUCCGUCGAGCUCAGACGUCCUCGCACGCGCAACUGGAGGAGCUUCUGAGACCUCAUCUAAGGCUAACAUGCUGGCUGAGAUGUACCGGCCUCCCUUUGAAAUCAUGUCCCGCCUACCCUGGGACCUUGCACGAGAUGAGGGCCGGGAAAAGAUGAAGUGGCUGUUGGUCAAUAUCCAAGACUCGUCCAUUUUUGAUUGUCAACUAUUAAAUCGAGAUCUAUGGAAGAACGAGGGUGUUAAGGAGACGAUACGAGCGCAUUUCCUGUUUAUGCAAUACUCCAAGGAUGAUCCCCGCGGGGCCCAGUAUAUCCAGUACUAUUUCCCAGGCCACGACGUAUCAGACAAUUACCCGCACAUUGCAAUCAUCGAUCCAAGGACCGGUGAGCAAGUGAAAACUUGGACCGGUCCACCGGUUGUCAAGGCUCCCGACUUUUUGAUGCAGCUACACGAGUUCCUUGAUAGAUACAGUCUUGACCAUAAUGUCCGCAACCCCGUCGCCAAGCGGAAGCCAGAAGUCACUCCUCAGUCAAAGAUAGACUCAAUGACCGAGGAAGAGAUGCUAGACAUGGCGUUGAAAAAUAGCCUUGUGGGCCAACAACCAACCAAAGCGGAAGACCCAGAUGACCUAACCCGGAGCAUUGGGGAUAUCAAGGGUAAAGGCAAAGCCGUCGAUACUUCUGGCGAGAGUGGAGAUGUGGACAUUUCUAAUGGACAAGAAGACGAAGAACCAUCCGCCGCAGAUUCGCCUUUCUUCAAGAUACCCUCUGACAAGCCACAUACUGAACCAGCCGCAGAUCCAGCAACCACUACUAGAAUCCAGUUCCGCCAUUCGUCAGGUCGCGUAAUCCGGCGCUUUGCACUGUCUGACCCCGUUCAGCGACUGUACGAAUGGCUCAAGGCGUCACCGCUGGAAAAUAAGCAGGGUGUGGAGUUUGAACUGGUAUCCAUGGGCCAGAACCUGAUAUCCCUGCUUGACAAGACCAUCGAAGAGGCCGGUCUAAAAAAUGGAACAGUCAUGGUUGGCUUUAUCGAAGACUAG